UCUGCGCCUGUGGUGCGCCACAGCUGGGCCCUAUAAUGACAAGAGUGACAGAUAGGAGAAGAUUUUUGCCCCCGUCGCCGAACUUCUCUAAUGUUUAACUUGGCGCUGCUGACGACCCAGCGUAUCCGGGACAGGAGGGCAGGGUAGGAGGGAGAGAACCUGAUGAAAGGGCGCCUGCAGUUGCUGUUUCCUCCCUUUCACACCGAUCUCCCUGGGAGCCAAAGAACCAGCAGGAGCUUCCCGCAAUGAAGACUAUAGUGAAAUGCUUAUUAGGUCUUCUUGCACUUGGAGUUAUCAUUACAGCCAUAGUUGUUCCAGUAGUUUUGCUAACAAGGGAUGAUUCCGAUAUCCGUAGAAAAUUUUCUUUAGAGGAUUAUCUGACUGAUGAAUUUCAGUACAAAUCGUAUAAUCUGCGGUGGAUGUCAGGUCAUGAGUAUGUCUACACAAAUCAGAACAAUGUUUUUCUGUACAACAUCGAUGAUGGAAGAGAGUCUAUAAUCUUAUCAAAUGACACAUUAGACAGUUUCAAUAGUUCUCAGGCAAUAUUGUCACCUGACAGAAAAUUUGCUCUUCUGCAAUACAAUUAUGAGAAGGUGUGGAGGCACUCAUACACUGCAUCAUACCAUAUCUAUGAUCUAAACAGAACCAAAAUAACUGAGAACCCGCUUCCUACAAAUAUCCAGUAUAUAUCAUGGUCACCUGUUGGACACAAACUGGCUUAUGUUUACGGUAAUAAUGUUUAUGUGAAAACAACACCAAACGCCAGUCCUGUUCAAAUCACUGAGAAUGGAGCCGAAAACAAAAUUUUAAAUGGAUUAGCAGACUGGGUGUAUGAAG